CGCUUCUCGUUUCUGUCACUCGAACAAAUUCAAUUCCUCAGUUCAACGAUAAAAUUCACUCUGCUCUUUUUUUUUUUCUCUGAAUUUUGAAAUGGCGGGUCGUGGUAAGACUCUCGGAUCCGGGUCGGCUAAGAAAGCCCAGUCGAGGAGCAGCAAGGCGGGGCUCCAGUUUCCGGUUGGUCGUAUCGCCCGUUUCCUCAAGGCUGGCAAAUACGCCGAGCGUGUCGGCGCCGGAGCUCCGGUUUAUCUGGCUGCCGUUCUCGAGUAUCUCGCCGCUGAGGUUUUGGAAUUGGCCGGAAACGCAGCUAGGGACAACAAGAAAACCAGGAUCGUGCCGAGGCACAUCCAGCUGGCAGUGAGGAACGACGAGGAGCUGAGCAAGCUUCUCGGUGACGUCACCAUCGCCAAUGGCGGAGUGAUGCCGAACAUCCACAACCUGUUGCUUCCCAAGAAGGCCGGCGGCGCAUCCAAGCCAGCCGCUGAUGAGGACUAGAUUGGUGUUAAAAAAGUUGGAGGGGGGUAUACAUGUCUUUUUAAGUAGUAGUGUCCUGUUUUUUUUUCUUUUAGGAUUGUAUGGGAUUAAUGAGGAUUCUUGGCUGGAUUCUCAUUAUUUCCCAUUUUGUCCUUUUGAGUUAAUGUAGUUUUACUGUAGCUGUUGUUUGGGUAUGCUCUGUGCAUAGAAAUGUUAUGAUUAUGAAGAAAAGCUGCAUUUAUGGAGAUAUUAAUUAAUGAAACUUUCUUUUAGUGUUUAUUUAAA